ACUUCUUUCAAGCCCAUGGACAUCUUCUCCAUCCUUGAAGAGGAGUGCAUGUUCCCCAAGGCCUCAGAUACAUCCUUCAAGAACAAGCUGUAUGACCAGCAUCUUGGCAAAAACAAAGCAUUUGAGAAGCCUAAGCCCCCCAAGAAAGGCAAGAUUGAGGCCCACUUCUCCCUGGUGCACUACGCUGGUACCGUGGACUACAAUACCACUGGCUGGCUGGACAAGAACGAGGAUCCACUGAAUGACUCAGUCUGUCAGCUGUACAUGAAAUCCCCAGUGAAACUGCUGGCUAUCUGCUUCCCUCCCGUCGUUGAGGAUAUGAUAGUAACUGCAGUAAACUAA